AUGAGGAGCCUAGCAGUGAAGAUGCUGUCCCCCUGCCUUGUCAUUGCACUUUCCUUCAGCCUUGCCUUUGCUGGGGUGCUCAACAGGCAAGGAGACCGGAGGAAUCUCUUCGCUGACAGAGGCUGCUGUAAGAGACACAGCCACUUCAUUUAUGUGGGCCAAGAUAUCUCUGGCAGUCCUGUGAGUGUGGAUGUCGGGGUGUGCAGGUCACUCUGUGGGGGAUCCCAGAGGAACCACGCCCCCUAUGGUUCAAGUUGUGACUCGAGCACGAAAAGGGGGUCUGAUUCUUUUGACGACGCUGCGGGUGAACGCCCUGCCCCUGAGCUGUCCGCGGCUGCCGGUCUGGAGCCGUCCUGCCCGGCGGGGUCUGUGUGCGAGCCGACCGCAGUGCGAGUGGAGCGCGUCCUGCUGUUCGAGGGGCUGCGGGAGGUGGAGGUGAUUGACGAGUGCCAUUGCGAGGCGAGUCCCGGGCAGUGCGUACGCAUGCCAGCUCUCAAGACCUUCUUCUUUGAGACACCCUAUGAAACCGUCAUCGACAUGGGCAAGUGCUCUAGCCCUGCGGUAACCACAGACGGCUUCUCGUGUGUUCCCACAAAGUUCCAGUCCGUGCUGGUGGAAAGCCCUAACAAGGUGGAGCUGGUGCAGGCAGUGGAGACGUGUGAGCUGAAGGAGAGGUGCUACAGGGUGCCCUAUCUGGAGUAUUACUACGAGACUGUCUACAGCUCCAGUGGAGUCAAGGAAGAGAAGCUCAAGGAAAUUGACGUGGGCAGAUGUUUGGGAGCCUGUUCCCCAGGAAAUCGCUGCCUGCUCAGGGAUUCCCGUCACAGUGAUCAGUGUCUGGUAUGGGCGGAGGGGUCUUCCGGCUCCUGCUCGCCCCAGGAAUACGAGAGCUUCACUUUCCGCAGUCGGAACGGCCUUAUCCGCACUGUGCUGGCCAUCAGCUCCUGCAAGUGCCAGUCAUGAAACCUCCCGCCCGCUCGGGGUCACAGCACAGCCUUCACCAGGACUCCUGCAGCAGCCACGCAAGCACAUAGACAGCAACCAGAGAAGAAACUGCCGCUGUGCAAUUCUAAAGACUUUGGCCUUAUAUGCAUGUGAUGUGUGGGAAUGUAUAGAGGGGUUCAUCUUCAACACGCUGUAGGAGUCAUGAUUGCAGAACAGGCUUUUUUUUUUUUUUUUUUUUUUCAUUGACAGUCAAGGCGAACUGGAACAGCGUUGAUGAAUGCGUGGAUUGUUGUAUGCAGCGUGCAGGUGAUCCAUCGAAACGGGUUUGCGUGUUACUCACACUCGUUUCCUGCUGCCUCUAUGUCAACGGGGAGCAGAAAACUGCAACGUGAGGCAUUGCAUGUGCAAGAAACGCUGCAAUUGUCUUUUUGAAUAAGGUGCACGUUUAUGUUCUGCCCACCAGGUGGUGCUAUGCUGCAGUUAAGAUCAAGGCGGUUAAUUGUGGAAUUAGGUGCUGUACCCGUCUGUUUCCUUGACUGUGCCUCUGUAAUUAUAUGUAAUGAAAACACUUGUUUCAUUAACUGAGAAAACCCAUUGAAAGUACAUCUAGGGCAGAAACAUGGAAUAUAAUUUCAAGAGACGAUCAGAUUUCAGCAGUGUAGGCUAAAUCAGUUACACGCAGCGUAAGGACAUGCGUUCAUUAAAUCGCUGCGUUAUCGAGUUAUAAGAAUCUAGUUGUAUAAUAUGGGGGGAAGGGAAAGCAAUAUUUUGUAAAUAAAAUGUAUUUGAAAAUUGAAUGAGAUCUCUGUGAUGGAAUUUAGAAUGUGU